AUGAAACUAAAUAAACCAAAAAACUGGAUAACAACUAUUCAAAUAUUUAUAUGCAUGUACUUGGGUAUUAUAUUUCUUAAUAUAAUAUAUCCAUUAAAUACAAAUGCAUUUCCAUUGUAUGCUCAGCAAGGAUACGAUGAUCCUAGAGAAGCAACAGGACGUAUUGUAUGUGCAAAUUGUCACUUAGCACAAAAAGCAGUUGAGAUUGAAACACCUCAAUCCGUUUUACCAAACACAGUCUUCGCAGCAAAAGUAAAAAUACCAUACGAUACUCAAAGUGAACAAAUUUUAGGAAAUGGAAACAAGGGUCCUUUAAAUAUGGGAGCUGUUUUAAUAUUACCUGAUGGAUUUAAAUUAGCACCUAAAAAUUUAAUUCCUGAAGAAUUAAAAGAAAAGACUAAAGGAACAUAUAUUCAGCCUUACAGUACAGAUAAAGAUAAUAUUUUAGUAGUAGGACCAAUACCAGGAAAUAAAAAUAAAGAAAUUAUUUUUCCUAUUUUAUCACCUGAUCCAAGUACGAACAAAAAAGUACAUUUUUUAAAAUAUCCUAUAUAUGUAGGUGGUAAUAGAGGAAGAGGCCAGCUGUAUCCAACAGGAGAUAAGUCAAAUAACAAUACAAUUACUUCACUAUUUAAUGGAAUAGUCAAAAAUAUUAACCAAUCAACACAAGGAGAUUAUAAUAUAGAAGUAUUAGACCGAGAUGGUCAUAUCUCAAAUCAAAGUAUUCCUCGUGGAUUAAAUCUCAUUAUAUCUGAAGGUAAUGAUUUAACUUUCAAUCAAGCUAUGACAAGUGAUCCGAAUAUAGGUGGUUUUGGACAAAGUGAAACUGAGAUAGUCUUACAAAGUCCUGAAAGGAUUAAAAGUAUGAUAGUUUUUUUCUUUGCCGUGACACUUGCACAAAUUUUAUUUGUUUUAAAGAAAAAACAAUGGGAAAAAGUGCAAGCUGCAGAUAUAAAUUUUUAA